AUGAGUACCGGCGUGCUUGCAGGGAACCAGCGGCCAUCAGUAGUGGGGCCGACUCUACAGCCUCAUGCACACCAGAAGGAGGCAGGGGGACGGAGAAGGUCGCAGCGUCCGUACAGUAGGCAGGACUGGCGCAUUGCACAGUAUAUAAAGGGCGGCCGACGUGGCAGUGCGACAGUUGACAGCGAGCGUCCGCAGCAGAAGAGUCGAAGAGCGGAGCAACAACAGACAGCAGCCGGCAACGCAGGAGCAGAUCAAAGUGACGACAUGAGGCUGACCACGGUGUUUCUGCUCGUGGCCCUGGUGAUGGCGGCCUGCCUCACUCAAAUGGCGUACGGCAACCACGAGAAGAGCGGGGGCGGCGGGGGCGGCCACGACCACGGCAAGGGCCACAGCGACGGCGACGGGCACGGCCACGACGGCCGCUGACCUCCUGACCUCACAGCCGGCGGCGGGCGCUGAGCGGCGGCGGCACACCUGCUGCUCGCCCCGCGACGCGGCCGCGCCUGCACUCCUGCACCCACUUCAUUAUUCUCUGCUGUUACACUUGUACGUUCCUUCCAUGUGCAACAAUAUUACACUGUAAUAAAAUGAAUUCCUCCAAAA